AUGGGUUCUAUGCCAGAGUUGACUUUGACGGAGGAGCUCGAUAGCAUACUGGAGAAGUAUACAUCCACUGUUCCGAACCACUUGCGAGGCGCUGCGUUCUCUGCUGUCAACAAGAAUGGCGAGAUCCUCUACUCCAACGCCAAAGGCAGUAGCUCCAUUACCGAGCAAGUGCCCCUCCAGCUCGACUCCACCAUGUGGAUAGGUUCCAUCACCAAGCUGCAAACCUGCAUGGCGUGCAUGAUCGGCAUCGAACAGCGUCUUUUCACUCUCGAUACCAACGUGCGAUCUGUAGUCCCAGAGCUCAAAGAGAUUGAUCUCCUCACCGGAUUCGAGGACGGCGACUUUCCCAGGAAGCCUAUCACCAGGCCCUGCAGCAGCCCGAUCACCCUCCGCCAACUCCUUACCCACACGUCCGGUAUGAUCUACGACUACGGUCACGACGGCUUGAAGGAGUGGUCUGCGUACCACGGUAUCGAGGAUAACACAUUCUCUGGGACGUUGAGGGGAUACCAGAAGCCGCUCAUCUACGAGCCGGGGAACGGAUGGGCCUAUAGCCCUGGUAUGGACUGGGCUGGUCGCUUGAUUGAAGUCACUUCCGGGCUGUCUCUUGAGGAGUUCCUCAAGCGCAACGUUUGGGACAAGCUCGGCAUGGCCAGCACGACGUUCCGUCCGGACCUCCGCCCCGACAUCCAGGCGCGUAGAAUGCAGAUGGCGAGCCGCAACCGCAAGACGAUGACCAUCACUAAGGGCGUAGUACCGCAGGAGGCGCAAGGCUCAUUCGCACCGGAUUGCUGCGGUGGCGUCGGCCUGUAUUCGACGAUUGAAGACUGCACGAAGGUCCUACAAGCGCUCAUCAGCAAGGACCCAGCCUUGAUGACAGCGGAGAGCUAUGAUAUGCUUACAAGGCCUCAACUUCCAAGCGACAAGCACUUCCUUGAAGUAAUCCGCGGCGUCGGCCAGGGGCACUUGGGACAGACCUGGGACAAGAACGCUGACGGAACGUUCGGCUUCGGGUCAUCGAUCACGAAGCAGGACUUCGUUGGGCGGAGGAAGGCUAUGAGUUGUAACUGGAGUGGCAUGCCGGGCACACACUGUUGGCUGGAUAAGGCGACCGGUGUUGGCGGUAUGCUGACGACGCAAAUUCUGCCGCCGGGUGACCCUAUGGUGACGGAGCUGCUGCUGGAGAUGGAGAAGUGCCUGUACAGACAUAUCCGUGGUUAG